AUGUACGGCCGGCUGUGGCCCUACGCCGAGCACCCGGUCACUCGCGAGCACUACUGCCUGGAGCCCGUCGAGAGCCCCACCGGCGGCAAGUUCCCGUGCUGCUCGUUUCGGCGCGAGAAGCCCAUCAAGACCAGCCAGGGCUACGCCGGCCACCUGGCCUCGCACCGGGCCCACAUCCAGGGCUCCACCAACACCAUCAACGGCGUCGGCGUCGCCCCGGUGCUGAUGGUAACCAGCAAUGGCGGCUCAGGCGGCGGCUCGGCGGCGGCGAGCCCAUCGAGCAACGGCGACCAGGCGCUGGGGAAGAAGCGCAAGAGGGAGUCGACGCUGACGGGGUCGCACGAGACGGUGGCGACGUCGACAAUGUCGACUACGGUGUCUACGACAAGUUCUAGCAGCGGCGGCGGUGGUAAGGUGAUGCCGCAGUUCGUGGCGAGCCUGCAGCCGAGCCUGCCGCGAUGUGACCUGGAGGCCGGCCAGCUGCGGUUCAUCCUGCUCCCGCAGGACAGCGAAGCCGCCGCGAUCGACGUGGUCUUCAAGGGGCAUCGUGGUAAGUUGAAUAAGCGUGCGGCGAAGGACGCGGACGGCUUUUUCGUGAUCGCGUGUCCGCUCAUCCACGAGCUGCUCCCGCCCAACGACACCCGCACCACGUUCGAGGUCUCGGUGCGCGUCGAGGACCCGGCCACCCACCGCCGCCUCUUCCAGUCCUCGCUCCUCUUCACCCACCACCACGCGGCCCAGGCGAGCGCGGCGCCGCGGGCGGAGAGCGUGCUGGCGGGCGGCAGCGCGCCACGGCCGUCGGCGCGGGCGAGCGCCAACGAAGAAGAGGACUACGACGAGGCAGAGGAAGGAGAAGAGGAAGAAAAGGAAGAAGAAAUGAUGAACUACGGUUCGGUCGACAACAAAGAAGAGGAUGGCGACAGCGAACCGGCGGGAGAAGAGGAGACGAAGAACGAAGACGAGAAGACGAAAACGACGAAGAAGGAAAAGAGGAGGAAAAUCGAAGACAAAAAGAGCGGCGGCGAGGAGGUGCAACAGGAAAAGAAGGAGGAAACUGCGGGAGCGGAGGGGGAGGCUGAAGAGGCCAGCGAGAGUCAGACGAUGGAACUCGAGAUCGCCGAGGAGAACGAAGACGAGGAGGAGAACGACGCGGAAGCGAACGCCAAGAACGAAGGCGAAGCAAACGGCGAAGAUCAGAAAGAACGAAGACGAUUCGAGGAAGCAACACCAGCCCAAAAGAAGAAGGAAGAGGCUGACGACGACGACAAGAAGAGGGCGACGCAGCAGAGCGCCGAGCUCCGACCGGACGUGACUGUCAAGAUCGAGAAGGUGGGCGAGACCGCAGCCGACGAGAAGAUCGGCCACCAGCAACAGCGCGAGCUGCCCGACCUGCUCACGCAGUUGGCCGAGGUCGCUGCGGCCGAGUCGCAUAGCAACGUCGCGUCCGCCGCCGUGGCCAGGCCCGCGCCCAGUGCUGGCCCCGGCAAAGCCAACGGCCACGGCCACGGCCACGGCGCCGUUGUCGAGAGGCCGACCAUGGCUGAGGCCCUCCACGCGAUGCCCAUGAACACCGUCACGUCGCUGCUGCCCUGGGCCCACAUGGCCGCCGCGGCCGCCGGCGGUCACCCGCUGCCGCCCCACUUUGCGCUGCCCGACUGCUACGCACUUACGCCGGCGGCUGCAGCUGCGGCGGCCGCGGCCAUCGCCGCCGACCCGCACACCGCGGCCCUCAUGCUGCCGGGCCUGUUCCAGUCCUACUACGGGCCGGGCGGGCCGCUCCCCUUGAGCGCGCUGCUGCCUCCGAUGCCGCACGCGACCCACCUGCCGUUGCCGCCGCCCACGCGGCCGCUCGCCCCCACGCCGGCCUCGAUGAUGACGUCAGCAUCGCCAUCAUCGUCAGCAGUGCCGACCUCGUCGACGUCAGCCAUGUCGCCAUCGCUGACGGCCAUCAAGGCCAAGGCGCCUUCAUCGCCGCCGACGACGACGAGUGGUGGUGGCCCCGCGACUACCACGUCACCACGCUCGGCUGUGUCGACAACACCAACCACGCCGACGAUGUCGACUGCGACAACGGCGGCGCAGAAGCCGCUCCGGGGUCCGCUUGCGCCGAUGGCGCAAAUGAUGACGUCGAUCCCGCCGCCCAAGCCCGCCGUCAAGCCCGGCCCACCGCCGCUCGCGAUCCAGCCCAGCGGCAGCGGCUCGACAACGCCCCCGGCGGCGGCCGGCACAGCCGCGUCGACGUCGGCCUCAUCGGCGCCAUCGCCGACGAUGGCGUCGCGGCCACUGCAGACCUUGGUCGCGGCCGCCGGGCGGCCGUCGGGCGUCGGCGCCGCCACCGCGGGGCGCGAGACCUGUCGCUACUACUUCUACACCGUCCUGCCGGAGAAGGGCAAGCUCAUCUGGGUCGUCUUCUUCAGCAGCCGCCGGCACGCGCUCGACCAGUACGAGCUCCUCCUCCACGAAGUCGCCUCGCCCCUCUCGGCCUCUUCCGCGUCGUUGUCAUCGUCAUCGUCGUCAAUCGAGCGACUGACCAGCAGCAGCGGCGGCCUCUCGCUCUCGUCGUCGGCCUCGGCCCUCGCCAUGGCCAUGGCCACCGAGCUCGAGCCCGACGCCGACUCACCUUCGCCGUCGUCGGCGUUCACGCCUCAGCCGCUGCCGCUUCUUUGCCGACGUCGGACGAUCGUGCUGCCGGCGGUGCCCGAUCUGGCCUGGAUCGCGGAGGGGGUCGACGCCCAGACCAGCCAGCGGCUCUACCAGCACAAGGUGUGCUUCCAGGCGCCCGAUUCGACGUUCGAGCGGCGCAUCUUUUGCGCGACGCUGCACCAGCGCGUGGAGCGGACGAUGACGCUGCUCGGAGGGCUGUCGCUGGUCAGCACCACGUCGCAGCGCGAGCACAUGUGGCCCCGCAUCAACCAGUGGUUCGUGGGCGAGGUGCAGCAGCGGCUGGUGCACAACUGCCGGCACCACCCGCCCAGCCGCCGGCACUUCCUCAACGGCAAGGGCUCGCGCCAGGGCAGCAAGCAAUCCCAGAAGGACCGGUUCCUCUUCGACGAACUCGACAAGUCGGUCGAGCUCGAGAGCGUCCCCGUCAACUCGCUCCUGCCGAUCACUUAA